AUGGCUUGGGGGUCCCAGCUGUCCUCUGCGACAGAAGAUGUGAGCAGCCUCUGCCUGCUUCAGGCACAGCGCCUUGAGAUGGUGCCCGGCGUGGAGCACGCGGGGUCGAACCACAGGGGGAUCGUGCUGUCGAGCUUGGAUGUCGAGAUGAGUCGCAGCACGGGUGGCACGUGGGACCAACGUCAUGUGGCAGCAGCAGCAGUCGCACGGCAGUUCUCCAUGGUCCGCGAGGACUUGCUGGAGGACUCUCGCUUCUGGUAUCUCAUGAUCGUCAUCAUUUUCGCCAUGAGUGCUGCGGUGGUCAGGACGGAGGUGACCAGCAAGGCCGAUGAUGGCCCAGCGGAGGCACAGAGUGAAGGCCUGGGGCUGCGGCUGCAGGCUGGCAAGGACAAGCCAGAGGAUGCCUCCUCAGGAACGGCGGAGGUGAUCGCUUCGGCCACGUCGCCCCGCUCAUCAUCGGAGAAUCGGCCUAGUCGGGAAGGGUCAGAGUCUGGAGACGCGCACGGAGAGCGCGACAUCGACAGACAGGUGGGCAAGCAAGUCUUGUUGCUUCUUUAUUGUGUCGUGGGUCUCAACCUGCGCGGCCAUGGAUUCUGGGGCAUCGCGCAGGAGUACAUCGCGACGGCGAAAUAUGGGGAGGAGUCCGCACCUCCGAUGACGUUCCUUGUGUUCUGCAAUCGCGUGGUCACGUCGUUGUUUGCUUUGCUGAUUUUGAAGUUGCGUGGUGGGGACGCGCACUUCCCUGGAUUUCUUUGGAGUUCGGGUCCUGCUUUCACCAAUUGCAUCGCAUCCUGGUGUCAGUACGAGAGCUUGAAGUACGCCCCGUUUACCUUUGUAGUAAUGGCAAAAUCCAGCAAGCUGUUCCCUGUGCUAAUAAUCGGCUCUCUCAGGGGCAAGCGGCACACUCUUCUCGAUUACACUGAAUCAGUUGUGAUAGUAGCUGCUCUUGUCGUUUUCAGUCUGAGCUUAUAUGGCACUCCGGCUGACAGUGUUUCGCUGCUCGGCGCAUUCUUGGUAGGUCUCUGCGUCCUGUUCGACUCGCUGACGCCUCACCUGCAGGACGCCAUCUUCGUGAACUAUAAGAAAGUGGAUGCUGUCCAGGCGACAUAUGCCAUGUCUUUGAUGGCAGUCGGCGGCCUUCUACUUGUCCUGCUGGUGACAAACGAUCUGGUGCAGUCGGUGGCCUUCCUUCACGCCCGACCGAUCGCACUGCUUCACCUGGGUGUGCUGUCGUUGUCAUCAUGCCUUUCGCAAUAUCUCAUCUCCUUCACAGUCAAGCACUUCGGGCCCACGGUAUUCACGAUAAUCAUUGUCACGCGGCAGGUGCUUGCGACAUUUUGCUCGACAACUCUCUUCGAGCACAAUUCGUCGACGUUGAUGUGGGUGGCGGUGUUCACCAUUGCCGGGACUGUCACCAUCAGGUCUGUGCGGCACAUUAGUGUUCCCGAGGCGUCAAGAGAAGGGAGUACAGGGUCGAUCGUAGAAUUGGUUGAAGGCAAAGUCUCCAGAAUCGGACCCCUGCUGGUUUGUGCUCUGGUGAUCCACGUCGUUUACAUACUGUAUGCACUAGUGGAGGAGUUUUUGACUUUGCGGUACUUCGGUGGACUGCCAGAGGAUGGAGGCGAGCUUUUCCAGUACCCAGCGUUCAACGUAGUGGUGAACCAUGCCUGCGGCACCUUGCUGGCGAUUUUCGCGCUACGAGUGCGGGGUGUGCCCGCUUUCGGGCCGCACUUGAAGAUGACGCUGAUACCUCUCAGCUCAGACUACGCCUCCACCUUAUUGCAGCACGUCUGCGCAUACAUGAUAUAUUAUCCGACGCUGGUCCUCAUGAAGGGCUUUAAGGUCCUCCCGGUCAUGCUCCUGGGUCUCGUGCUGAGAAACCGGCGUUACACCACCUUGGACUAUUUCGAGGGAGUUCUGAUAUCGGUUCUUGUCGGAAUCUUCGUCUGGGACUUCCAGGUGCAGCAGGGCGAAAGUUUUAUUGGUCAGAGUUCCCUGGGCAUUCUCCUCAUGCUGAUUUGUGUUGUGAUGCAGUCGUUGACAAGCUGCCUCGAAGAUUACGCCUAUCAACUUGCGAAUAUGGAUGCCGCGCAGAUGCUCUUUGGCUUGGAAAUGAUGUCAACCGCAGUCGGCGUGUGCUACCUAGCCGUGACCAGACAAGUAUCAAGUCCAAUAGAAUUCCUCAUGAGGUACCCUGAGAGUUUGUUGUAUGUGAUGGUGGAGGCAGUCGCGUCGGCAGUAGGAGCCUACGCCUGUACCUUGACGGUGCGGCUCUAUGGCCCUGCAGUGUUCACCCUGCUGAUGACGUCUCGUCAGUGCGUCAGCCUUGUCCUUUCCGUGCUGGUCUUCUCCCACUCGCUCGACACAGCGGAAACCGCCCUUUUGGUGGUGGUUAUCUUGGUGCUCCUCGCGGCCUCUCUGCGGCGAGUGGCCUGCCACGUCGGACAGGGCGCUCCCGAGGCCCUGCUGGGCCUGCGCGAUGAGCUCAGCAAGGGCUGCACGGGCAGUACCACUGCUUUUCAAGGCAGCGACAGGGGCAACGCAUUCGCCCCUGCGGCCAGGCUUCUGUCCCGAGAAGGCCCGCGAGCACCAGGCGGCUAGGAUGUUGGCACAGCUCCUUCUCUGGGGCCGAGCAUGUAUCGCUUGGCUUCGGACAGAAUUAGAGCGCCGCAUCCAGGCCGGCAGCUGCCCGCAGAGAGUUAUCCAGGUGCCUGCGGCGGAUCCGCCACCGCGUCAGCGAAGAGCUCUGGUUGGCGACCGUUCGAGCGCCGCCCAGAAGGCCGUCACGUGUGACACCGCUCGCAUCCACUUCUGGAGUGGUU